UAUAAAACUACUGCGUUGUGGGUUCGUAUUUAGGACUUGUAUUCACUCUCUCAGUGUGUUUUGACACGCAAAAACACAUAUGGUGCAACAACAUUUUAACCCACAUGGGUUUGCUUGAUGAUCAGGUGUUCUUAGUUCUAUGUGGUGGAGCUAAGCUCUAUACAUCUGAUUUUCAUAAAACUACAUCAAAUAUCUUAGUAUAGUGGCAUUUUGUGAAAAAAAAAAACAGUUGAAGAAGCUAACUUGCAAAAAACUUAAAUGUUCUGUAACCCCGGACCAAGAGAGGGAUUAUAAUAAAGGAACUAAUUCAACUUAAUGACUGACAGAAGUUCUGAGAACAUCGUUUCUGGGUCAACUUAGAAAUCAGCUUGACUGAUUCCAUAUACUGGGGUAAUGUUGAAAGAUAAUUGGGAAGGGAAGCAUGGUAUCAACUUGCCAGUUCACACAACUUGUUCGAAAGGCAUUCAAGGUACUCAUGUGGGCAAUAUGAUACUUCAACCUCUUCAAGGAUUUUCUGAUAAUGAUCUUGCUGGGUCAUCAAGCAGGGCAACUGUACCAGAUUUUGUUUCAUCUGGGUCAACAUCUGAAUGUUUUAUUCCUCGACAAUCAAACUUGCAAGGUGGUAAAUAUGGAACGUCUAUUAAUCAACCAAUGUCUAUGGAACCAGUGAGCUUCAGGAAUCAGGUCGACAAUCAGUUCCAUCAGCAAAAUAAUCUUUCAGAAACUCGACCAACUUUCAAUACAAAUCCAUGUGGAAAUGGAAUUGAGAAAAUAGGCAUUACCUCCCAUAACAUGGUAUCGCAAUUACAGCCUAGCCUUUUGGACAAGAAUCUGCCUGUUGAAGAAGCUUGCAAACCAAUAGAUAAUGUUCAUGCAAAAACUGAAGCUCAUAAAUCUUUGCACUCCAUGAAAUCAUGUAGUACAGACGCAGAAAAAUCUUUACUUGGUUCUAAUCUGCAAGAGUUGAUAAAGUUUCUCUCUGCCAAUCAUGGUUUAUCCAUGAAAACACCUCUGGAAAUGGGAACUCCCGAAUAUCUGAGACUUGUUGAGAUCUUGCACCAGAAUUCUGUUCAACCUAAUGGGUUCUCGGAUCAGUUAAAUGGCAGAAGAUGUUCUCAAGAAGAAUUCUCUGGUGGAUCAGAACAAAGUGGUUCUAAUUCAAAAGUUGAUGGAACAAAAAAUACCCCAAGUGUAGAGAGAGCCUCGUUUGCACCUUCAGUUAGCACCGAGCAAGAUGAAGUGAGUAGAACGAUGCACAAUGAAGCACAACUUGGACCUGGAACCAAUUACUUUCGUAACAAACUCGAGUGCACCAACGGGGGCAGUCAUCAUGAAGGAAGUACCAAAGGGAAGGAAGUAACAGUCCUUCCAUCUUUGCACAAGCCAAAACUUGCUUUGGCAGAAGAUGAAUCCUCUAUUUCCAAGACAGUGGUAAAAAAGCUGCCUUCUGAAAGGGCAACUCAUGUAGCUAUUGAAAAGCUGUGGGAGGGAUCUCUUCAACUAAGUUCUUCCGUCACUUCAAAAGUGGUUGCCUUCUUUAAGAGUGGUGAGAAGUUGCUUGGUAACAAUUGGCCAGAAUUCAUAGAAGUUAAAGGAAAAGUAAGAUUAGAGGCUUUUGAAAAAUAUGUUCAAGACCUUCCACGUUCACGCAAUCGCGGGUUAAUGGUAAUCUCACUAUGCUGGAAGGAGGGUUCUUCUGAAUUUGGGCUGACUGGUAUGAAAGAGGUAGCUAAAGGAUACAAGAAAAGCUCUAGGGUUGGAUUUGCACAACUUUUGUCCGGUAUAGAUCUUUACUUAUGUCCUCGCAGUGAUCCCAUAAUCACAAUUUUAGCAAAAUAUGGGUUCUUUAAGGGCAUGGCAGUCCUUGAUGACAAGCCGGAUUCAAUGAUUGGUUGUGUUGUGUGGCGUAAAAACCGACCUUUAAAUCCCGUUGGGAAUACAUCUGACAGUAAAAGUAGCCCAAGUUCGACCCAACCACAGAAUUCUCCAUCUGUUUUGUCUAUAAAACAAGUCCCGGAAAAUAAACCCUCCCCUAAAAAACCACCUGCCAAUUCCAACCAACAUGAUGAACCUGCAACUUCACCAUCAACCAUAAACAGCGAAAGCUGCAAGAACUCGGCAUCUGUUGAAGUUGAUCGUAACGGUGGUAAUUCGUCUUCUAGUUCCAGUCCUUUGCAGACUCGAGUCAUUUCUGAUUCUUGUAAUUUGGUGAGAAAAAGGCCUUUUGAGGAUGACGAUCUUCCUGAGUUUGACUUUGGAAUCGCAUGCGGAAAGUCAACUCUAGUAAAGUCUGCUGUUUCUAGGAACGAUAAUGGGUCGGCAGUGGUCAACGGUCAAAAAUUGGAUAGUUCCAGAUUGACCCAACUUCCUUCAGUUGUGAAAACUGUUGAAAGAAACACCAGCAAUGGUUGUUUAGAGCAGCCACCAAAAAAGAGCAAACUUUUUGAUGAUGAUGAUGAUAUGCCUGAAUGGUGUCCACCUGAGCUUCACAACCAAAUGCCACCAACCUCAAACUUCCAGACUUUACCGCGAUGCCCACCAAGGCCACCCAUCCGUCCACCGCCACAAGCCAACACCACCCGUCCACCGCCACAAGCCAACACCACCCGUCCAUCAUUCUCUUUCCAACCAUUCCGACCUGCAAUUAGUUCUCCACCAACCAGUGUCAUGGGGGCUCCACCUCCACCACCACCACCACGACAACCACAACCGCUAUCUUCUAAUUCUUCAGGCCGGUUUAAUCCUAAUCAAGCUUUGUGGUAUCGUCCAGGUUCAUCCAACGCCAAUUCAUCAUUCCCGUCUUCCAACAAAAGACGUCCACAGCCCUGAAACGAAGGAUCAGUUGAGCUUUGUUUGAAGUAUCCAGGCUUAGCACAAGUAGCAAGUUUGUACAUAAGUUGGAUGUUUUGUUUUUAGCGGAAUUCAUAAAUUGGAAGAUGUCUUGCAUCAGUUUGAUGUUGUAGUUUUAUGUUCGUCAACCCCUGUUUAUCUUUUAAAAAAGAACUAAAAAUCGAACCCUCUGGAAAAAUAACAUUUACCG